ACCAAUGCGUUUUGGAGUACUUCAUAGGGCCGGUGGUAUCUCUAUGACUCCAGGCCCCCUUCAGCUACUCUGCCUCGGCCUCCUGACGAGACCUGACAAUUUUUCCUCGCGAUGACGCCUUCCCCCACCGUGACCCCCACUUCUCCAGACACUCGGAACGUAUCCUUCACGGAUGUGCGAGAGCGAGGCAUUCCGGAUAAUGAUGACCGCUCUGUCGUCUCGCAGACUAUUGAAGACAUCGUCGUAGAUAUCGAACAUAUGCCCGUUCAUGACGAUCCGCGAAAGUGGUCAAGGUUUCGCAAGAACUUCAUACUGGCUGUUAUAUGUUCGGGUACAAUGAUCGCCGGAUUUAGUGCCAAUAUACAAAAUCCUGCGAACGAAGAGAUGGAGAGGGACCUGCCCGCAACAAGUGGGGAAAUAAGCUUGAGUGUAUCGCUUUUCAUCCUCAUGCAAGGGGUUACUCCGCUCCUUUGGAGCUCUAUCAGUGAAGUGAAGGGUCGCCGAUUUGUUUAUCUCAUAUCACUUCUCAUAUUCACUGUCGGUUCGAUUAUCGUCGCCACGAGCAAGACCAUUGGCUUAGUGAUAGGAAUGCGCUGUGUGCAAGCACUGGGGUCAAGCGCUGUAAUGACCAUUGGUACAGCUAGUCUCGCGGAUAUCUUUGAACCAGUGGAGAGGGGUGCGAAGAUGGGCAUCUACUACAUUUCCCCUUUACUUGGACCAUCCCUAGGUCCCGUUUUUGGCGGAAUCCUUACGACGGGAUUCAAUUGGCGUGCCCCAUUUUGGUUCCUGGCCAUCCUGGCAGGCACCGUUUUUCUGUGCUUCCUGUUCUUCUUUAAUGACACUUUCCGGAAAGAACGGAGCUUUGCGUAUCAGACGGUGCUGAAGCGUAUGUUGAAAGAACGAGCGGAGAAUCUGAGGAGGGAGGAAAAAUUGCAGACGAAGCUGGCGGAACGAACUGACACGAUGGAGACGGCAGAACAUAUUGCGAUAGUUGAUAUAGAGAAGCAGGAGCCAACGUCGCAAGCCGAUACAUUGGCUCUUCCUACCAUAACUCUGACCUUGAAGGAUGUCGCUCCCAUUGCAACAUUAUGGCUAGUCAUCCGACGGUGGAAUAACUUCAUACUAUUGCUGGCUUCUGGUAUACUAUUCUCAUACUGCUUCACCGUGGUAUACACGACGUCCCGCACCCUAGCGAAUGCUUAUGGAUAUGAUGCGCUAUACACAGGCCUCGUGCUGCUCUCUUUCGGACUGGGUUCUAUGGUGGGGAGUAUACUAGGAGGUCGCUACUCCGACCACGAGCUAGCAAGGCUUACAAUAAAGAAUGGUGGUAGAAGCUGCCCGGAGAUGCGCCUCAAAAGCACGUUACAUGGACUCUGGCUUUUCCCCAUUUCUGUUGUAGGAUUUGGAUGGGUGUUGGAGCGGCAUGUGCACAUUUCGGGAGUGUGUGUAAUGCUAUUUCUAUCUGGAGUAUUUGCCAUCUCCAUCUUUUCGAGCGAAUUGGCGUACCUUGUAGAUGCAAACGUAGGUCGUUCAUCCAGUGCUGUCGCUUUUAACAGUCUUUUCCGUGGAAUUGCCGCUUUUAUUGCCGUGGAGGUUGCGGUUCCCAUUCAGGACGCGCUUGGCGACGGCUGGAUGUACACCAUAUUUUCCAUUGUACAGGUGAUCAGUGGACUACUGGUGUUACUGGUAAGAGCAAAGGGGAAGAAGUGGAGAACUCGAGCAGAAGCUCGCGAGGCUCAGGAAGCCCGAGCAGCUGCGUAACGCUGACGCGUCAUUUUAGAGAAUCCUAAUUCGCCAAGUAGUGUGAAGCGUAUAAUAAUGGCCUAGUGGAAAUGUAUAGAGUUC